CAGGCGAUCGUUCAGCCAGGCGAUCGAUCACCAUUCGAUCAGCAUCAUUCGAUUCAUCCACGCCGCUGGUCGUCCACAAGCCGACGAAGCCCGGGCCAUGCGGCCGCCCAAAUCAUGCCGUCGUCUGACGCGGCCGACUGCUGUGCGCUCUGCCCAGAUCUCCACCUGGUCAUCCCCGAUCUCGUUCCAGCAUCGCCGCUGCCCCUCGCCUGCUUGGGUCUCAAGAACCGCCUCGGCCCUCUGCCCCUGUUCACCUGUCUCAUCGGCCCAUCGACCCGGCAGACUAGGUCUUGUCUGUCGCUGUUCAGCCGGCCACCCUGCUCCCCGCCGCCGAUCCUCGUAUCGGCAGCCCACCAUCCUCGGCAAUGAGAAAGUCCAGCCGAUCGUCAUCCAUCGAUCCAAGCUCGCUCUCUAGCUCGGCCUUGGUGGGCUUGCCUCUGCCAGACGAUUCGUCGCUCUGGAACGAAGUCUCAGGCUCGCUGCUGCCUCCAGCACUGAACUACCAGAAACGAAACGAAUCUCUGGUCUCCAAGCUCAACAAGGGCCAUGGCAAACUGGCUGGAAUAGCAAAGACAAGGUCGCUGAAGCCCAAAGCGGCGCUCCAGAUGCAAGACUUUUACACCAAUCUGCUGAGCGGACUGAGAGAAGAAAAAGGCUAUUUGACCAAAAUCCUCGGCAACAUCGAUACAAUCCUCAAGAACCGCGAGAGCCUGGAGAAUGAGGCCAAGAAGAAGAAACGGCGUGGAGACGAUAAAGAGAAGGCCGGAAAGCCCGCGAUCAGCAAGAAGCGUCGAACCACGGGCGAAUCGAUCGACAAUCCUUUGAAUCUGGAAUCGGGCGAUCAAGUCGUCGUCCAGCCCGUGGCGAACAAGGAGUGGCUCUUGGCUCUUGUCCUGCGUUACAUUCCGGAGAAACGAGUCUACGAGGUUGAAGACGCCGAGGAAGACGAAGAUAGGCCCGGAACUCGAAACACCUACCUCUGCUCUGUCAAGACCAUCAUCCCGGUUCCCAAGGAGGGCGAGAGACGGGACGAGUUUCCACCAGGAUACUCGGUCAUUGCGCUGUAUCCCGGCAGCAGCUGCUUCUACAGCGCCACCGUCAUGGUUCCUCCGUCAAAGAACAAGGAUCCAGACUAUCCCGGCGACUAUAUGGUCAAGUUCGACGACGACCAAGGGUUCGAAAGGGGAGUGGAGCCGCGGAUGGUGUUGGAGCCGCCCAAGCGCCAAAAGUAAAAGGCCCUGCAAAAAUUUUUGACGGCAAUAGUGUAUUUAUUCAGACCGG